GUUACGUAUGGUGGGCUGUCUGCACGAUAGUUUUUGGAAUAUAUAUUUCUCCAGUUAAAUUUAUUCUUUGUUACUAUGCGGUGUCCAUUGAUUGUUUUUCAUCCAAGCUUAAAAGGAUUGAUGCCAUUAAUUUUCAAUUGUAUCAAUGUGUGAUGAAUACGCAGUUGGUUUUGCGCAAAACGUGCACUUCUAACUUCUGAUCUAUACUUUUUCUGUUGAUAUUUUGCUCUCUUUAAAGGAUACAUAAUCAUGUCUUUUGAAAGUAAGCUGUCGCAAGUUGAACAAUAUCUCCGAAAACUUUCUGGUCAAGAAAAAGAAGUAAAUCUCGUAGAUCACAACUAUCCAAAAUCAUGGAAUUCAUAUCCCGACUCUCAACGAAUAAAACCUGCAAGGAUGCUGUUUAUGAAAGAGAUACCACGAAACACCAAUUUUCUUGAUAAUCGGUAUUAUCAAGACGUUGAUGUGGUCAGUUGCGAAGAAGCUACUCCUUCUCCAUUUGAUAGCCAAAAAAUAAGAUAUUCAGCUAAUGAAUGUGAAGAUUUGCUGAAAUCUCUUCCUUUUUUCUCCGAUAAAGAAAACAAAAAGAGUGUUGAUAUAGAUUCUCUUUCGGAUAAGCAACUACAACUGUACACCGAUGUAAUGGAUGUGCUGAAUGCUCUCUCUUUAUCAAGAUUAGUUCAUUUGAACAGUCCCAAUGAGUUUGUUAAGAGAAAAAUUAUGGUUGACCAAGCUGCAGCUCAGAUGAGGCAAAUAUUUUCUGAAGUGUUCUGGGAAAAAGAUUUAGUAACAUGGCUACAUCAAACGGUAUUGAAUGAUAUUGACUUCUAUUUAGUGUUAUCGUAUGUGAAUAUCCUUCAGAAAAUGAUGCAGGACAUUCCAAGCCUUGUUGAAAAACUUGUUCAAUCUCAUGCAAGGACAAAAGAUAUUCUGUUAGCAAUUAUAAGGAAGCAAUGGGAUCCUGUUUUUCCAAUUAUGAACCAGCACAAACUUAAAAAACUUCCUAGGAAUCCAGCUUUUGUGAUGUGCCCUAGUGGACCUAUAGCUACUAAUGGCCAAUCUUCACGAAUGCAGUUUUGGAACAAUUGUUUCAAUUCAUUGGGGAAAAUAGUCAAUGUUCCAGUGUUUCCUUCGAACGAGGACACUGACGUGUCUGUUGAACAAUGUCUUGAUCAUAUCAUUUUGUCUCUAAGAAGUAAAGUUUCCGAGUUGAAAAAUCAUUAUCCAGAAAAACCAUUAAUAUUAGUUGGUUGGACGAUUGGAUCUCUCAUUGCUUGCCAUGUUUCUCUUCUAGAGCAAGUAGAUGCAGUCAUUUGCCUUGGAUUUCCUUUAACAGGUGUGAAUGGAUCUAGAGGGGAUCUGACUGAUCCUCUGCUGGACAAUCAAGCACCAACGCUAUUUGUGGUAGGACAGAAUGCCAACAUGUGCUCCACCGAUGAUAUUGAAGAUUUCAGGUCCCGUAUGCAGGCUGAGAGUGGACUCAUCGUCGUGGGAGGUGCCGAUGAUUUUUUAAGAAUGAAUUCAAUGAAGAUGAUGCUUGAAAAUAUCACCCAAGCAAUGGUCGACUACUGCAUUUCGGAAGAAGUCAGUGAUUUCUUGCUUUCUGUUUUUGCAAAACUUCCACAAACGUCAGCGCCCCAACCUAUGAGUAAAAUAUGCUCUCCAAUUAAAGAAGAAAGAUCAAGGUCUACAGAAGUACAAGAGGGUGAGAAACGAAAGAGAAGAAAACCGAGAGAGUACUCUCCCGAAAUUUUCCCGGCUCGGAAGAAAACGAAGAUUUCUCAAACUGUUUCUAGAAGGCAUUCAACUUCUGGUGCACAUAUGAAGAUUGUGGGAUCUGAUUCUGAAUCCUCCAGUUCUGAGCCAACUGUUACCCCCAAAAAUUAUCGUGCCCCUAAAGCAGGCAAAAAGAAACACGAAAAAAAUACAGGAAGGUCUGGUUCAAGCACAUGGAGGAGGAGGACAACAUCAAAAUCAAAAACUUCAAGCAAAACUGAGGACCACUCUGGAAAAAGCUGUCCGUCCAGAACAGGAGUAUUCAGAUCCUGUAGUAAAUCCCAAGAAAUCUUCCAAGACAUCUUUACCAUUUUCCAAGCAAAUUUCUUCAAAGAAGAAUGAUCCGGUAGAUGUGGAGAAAGCUUUUGGCAAUGAUAGCAGGUUCCUUCCACGUCCUUUAACGCCACAGGAGCCCGAAGACACCGUAUCGGCUGAAGAGACGGAGAAAGUGAUGGCUGAAAUGGAAGCAAAAGGUGAAUUAGCAAUGGGUGAAUCCUCAAAUGCUGUAGCUUUAAAUGACGCUUCAGAGUUGAAUUCAUCUCUUGAAAAAGUAGAUAAAAUAAUUCCGUCUACCUCAACUGGUGCUUUGACAUUUACUUCUACACCAACUGGAUUGAUGCCGAGUACUGAAACAAAAGCAACUCCAGUUGUUCCUCCUGUGUCAAAUUUCGGAAAUGUUCUUCUGGAAGACAAAACAUUAUCGCCGAGUAUUCUUCAAAGUUUAAAAAUGGCUGGUCCAGUCAAUGUUUCCGAAAUCAGCCGCCAAGGCCCAAACUAAAAGCCCGACCAAGUCGACAAUCAUCACUAUUCCUUCUGUUAAUGCAGCAAAACUGCUUGCUUCUAGUCCAUCUAUCAAAGGCCAACCAGGGAAGAUGAUACAGUUGCUUUCCAAAGCGAAUAUUCCCGGUGAACAUUGUUAGACACGAUCCUGCCGUUGCUUCUACUUCAGCCAACUUUGGAGAGGCUUCUGAUCAGUUCGCUCACUCGUUCAUAUCGACAAAUUGGUCUCUGUAGCGGCACCAAAAGAAGUGGUCAAGAAAGUUACUUUCCCUUCUCCACUUGCAAGGCUUGCUAUAGGAAGUGAAAACCCAUAGUCAGUUAGGCAGUAAAAUAUUUCAAAAACAUACAAAGGUGAAUCCUUCUCAUGUUCGUAUUGAAACGCCUGAGGAAAUAGCUGAAAAGAAUUUAGCCGUUCAAGCUCUAAACAAUAGUUUUGGUUCUGAUUUUCCAAGCACCUCUUCGGGUGAACCUGGCUACUCUAUAUGUUAUGCUAAACCUGAUGGCUCUGUCAUAUCUCAUACGGUCACUGGUCCCGGUUAUGUACAUUACCUAUCGAAAAAAUCCUACUCCUAACCCUGGUGCAAAGUCUAAUCGAGGUAUCAUUGGUCAACACCAAGCUAUUGCAAAAAAAAAUUUUUAGAUAUAACAAAUAAUUUUUUUAUGCACAAAGUAGUAUUUUACCUCAAAAUUGUCAUCAAUCACUUUUCUUGUAGUGUAAUGUCAAUAACAUUGAAAGACAUUUAUUUCACAUAAGGUUAUUGUUACAUACGUUGUAAAAAUUUGUACAUAUUUCUGUACAUGUGUUCAGUUUUGCAUUUGUAUUUGCAAAUGUACAUAGCAUUAAAA